CGCGCGCUCGCGCGCGCAUCCUAGAGAGAGAGAGGAGAUGCAGGGCGGCGGAUCCGCCGUGGGCGGCGCGGCGGCGGCGGCGGCGGCGGCGGUGCCCACCGGAUGCUUCAAAUGCGGGAGACCCGGCCACUGGUCCCGCGAUUGUCCUUCUUCUUCAGCCUCAAACCCUAACCCUAACCCUAGGAGUGGUUUCCCCACCUUCAACUCCAAAUCCUCUCAGAAUCCUCCUCCGUCGAGCUCCUCCGCUCCCCCGGCGACAAAAUCUUCUGUUAAGAAGGCUCCCCGAACGAGGCCGAAGCUCACGCCGGAGCUUCUCCUCUCCGAGGACGGCCUCGGCUACGUCCUCCGCCAUUUCCCUCGCGCGUUCAAGUACCAUGGCCGUGGACACGAAGUGACGGAUCUGGGUAAUCUAAUAGGACUAUAUGCGGAAUGGCACUCUCGCCUGCUCCCUUACUUCUCUUUUGAUCAGUUUGUGCGGAAAGUUGAGCGAGUUGGAGCCAGUAACCGUGUUAGGAGAUGUGUGGCAGAAUUGAGAGACAGGGUUGCUAAAGGAGAAGACCCCUCAAAAUUGCAUGAACCACCUGCGGAACAAGCUACUCCAGAUUGUGAACCAGGAGAAAAUGUCACUGGGGACCCAAUUUCUGAUCCAGUAGAACCACCACUAGGGAAUCAGGAUGCUGACACUAUGCAAGAAGUUAUGCUUGAUGAAGUAUAUCGGACAACUACAGAUGAACCAAUGAACUCUGCAGAUCAGGAAGCUAGGCAAGAUCCACAGAGCACAACUUCUCGUGAAGAAAAUCGUGAACAUGCAUCUUUGAGAGAGCCACUAAAUCAACCGGUAGAUAGUAGUGCCACCGAGCUGAAAAAGAUUCAGAUCACUGAAGAGCAGCGUGCGCGCAUGGAGGCUAACCGUUUGAAGGCACUAGAAAAAGCCGCAGCUCGCGCUCGCUCUUCGCAGGCUUAAGUUUUUCAUUUCUUUAUUUUUAUUUAGCAUUGAACUUUUUUUGAAUGCUAAUAUCUGGGAUUUGUGUGACGCAUUUUCGAAUCGUGUCAUCUUAAUGCUUACCGGAACUCUGACUAGUACACCAUUUAUAUGUGAUUGAUGUGUUUGGGGGGAGGUAUAAAGAUGUUUGCUGUCACAUUCAGUUUUA